CAGAGUUCCGGGUGCAUGUGGACUGCUUGAGACGACGGAUGGUAGCUUCACCUGAACAAGCUAAAGCUUGCACGGACUGUGAAGCUGAAGGUCGCUGCUGAGAAGAUUCCCUGAAGCCAAAGCAAGAUGAAGCUCAGUAACAGCCCCGCUCACUGAGGGGAUUAGAGAGACUGCACUUAAUUUAAAAAAAUGAAAAGGAAAUGCGAAGAAAGAACACCAAUUCAUUGAUGCACGAGGCAACACUGUCAACUCAGGUGUUUAUUCAUGUGUGGGCCACCUGGAGGAACAUCGAGCUGCUGUUUGAUCCACUGUCACGGAAUCUGAUGGAGAGAUGCAGCGUGACACGAGCUCUUUACACGACCACAAGGACGACCUCCGUAAGCGCCUGUCGUACACCACCCACAAACUAGAGAUGGUGGAGACGGAGUUCGACUCCACUCGGCAGUACCUGGAGACAGAGCUGCGCCGGGCCCAGGAGGAACUAGAGAAAUUUACAGAGAAACUACGCAGGAUCCAGAGCAGCUAUGCAGCUCUUCAGAGGAUCAACCAGGAUUUGGAGGACAAGAUGCACAGGACGUCCCAGCACCAUGAAGAGGAAAAGAGAGCCCUCAGCAGGGAAAUCAUCCUCCUCAACAACCACCUCAUGGAGGCGAAGAUCACCAUCACUAAACUCAGAGAGGACAACGAUCUGUACAGGAAGGACUGCAACCUGGCCGCCCAGCUGCUGCAGUGCUCCAAGUCUCACUACCGCUCUCACAAGAUGUCUGAGCUGCCAGUGGAUCUGCAGGAACGCAUCAGUUCCCACAUGGAGAAACAUAAUCGAGGCAGUGGAGCAACCAUUGCAAUGUUCUCCUCCAAUUACUCUGACGCCGUGCCCACAUCUCUGAUUGCCAAGGUCCUUGAAAAGCCUGAACCAGGCAGCAGUUGCCCGGUAACGCGCUCACCCAGCCCACAGCCACAAGAUGGAGACUUUCUGACAGCAACAGGAAGCACUGACCACCUGAACCGCCGUAUUUCCUAUAAAACAUCUGACCUGUACUGCAGCGAUACGGCCCUCUACUGCCCUGAGCGAUGGCAAAAUGCCGAGCGCAGGCAGAGCGUCGACCUCCACGGCACCGCGCUGUUCCAGCUUCACGCCCAGAACUCCACGGACAGCAACCCGGAUGAAGAGGCCUACCACUCUGGAAGUUUCUCCCACCGUGAGCCCCAAUCCCCCUUCGACCAACAAGACGACUUCGGCACUGGCAGCCUCCCGGCCUCCAGCUCCUACUCCAGCUUCAGCCUCGCAUCAGACGAGAAGGGAGGGGUUAUUGGUGGUGGUGGGCGCAACACCAGCAGCACCUUGUCCUCCUCCCACCAGGGUCUCUAUAUGGACUGGCGAGAUGGUGGCAGUGGGGAUUAUGAGCGCAAAAGCAUGUCCUCUUACGAUAAAGACAGCCUAAGCUUCCCCAAGUCCCUCAGCAUCCAGCACAUGGCGAUCCCAAGGAGCCCGCAGAAGGGCACCUCACCGGGGUACAGCAGGACGGCGUCAUGCAUCAGUGAGCCGUACCACUCCAGCACCCCUCGCCUGGCCUCCUCUCACAGCAUGGGGUCCACAACCGGACUGGGCCAGGCUCGUGGAGGAGCUCUGGACAACAGAGGGGACCUCCCGGUCCCAGAGGACGACCUGAGCAGCCGCUGGAGGCAGCUCAGCGUGGAGGACAUCAACACGUUCUCCUCUUCCUACCGCAACGUCGCAGGGCGGGCCUCUCCCUUCAGUUCCUCCGAGCGCCACUUCGCCAUGGGCCCCUCCAGUAAGGUCAAGGGGUCUCUCUACAGCAGCUUCCAGGAAGGAGACGACGUCUUCCACAACCGCGUGCUGGACCAGUGUUUCACUGUGGCCCCCCUUUCGCCCAGCCGCAGCCCAAAACCCAUGGAGCAUCAUAAGCAGGAGAACACAAUGCUGUACCGAGCCAAGGAGGACAGUCAAGACUCCGAGGGCAGCUUGUUCCUCUCAGGGAGCUCCAAGGAGAAGGAGAGCGGUGGGGGAGCAAAGGCGGCAAGCAGCGCCAACAGCACAGCAGAGUCCCUACACCAAAGCUCCCUGGAAGCCUCCAGUCUUCAGCACUACCCCUCCCCCCGGCCCAGUGUCCGGCCUCGCCCCAGCUCCAGCUCCGCCCUCAGCGUCGGCCCCGCACUCCCAAAGAAGACCUCUCCAAGAUACCAAAAAUUUGGCAGCACGGGACUGACGAGGAAGGACAGUUUGACCAAGGCCCAGCUGUACGGUACACUACUGAACUGAGGGGAGAUUUUCCUUUUAUGCAUGAUAAUGAUGAUGAUGAUGAUUCCUCACUUACUGUAGUGUAUGUCUCACAAGUUCCCUGCAGCAAACACAUGCUGGGUGUGAUGGGGAAUUAGGUUGUUGGUGUUUUAUGUAACUCUUAGCCAAGGCACGUUUCAUUCAGUCUGCAACACUUUUUCUAUCGUAUGUGAUGAUAGCGACCUGAAACCAGCUUUUUUCUGUUUCAUGACAAUACCGAUAAUUAAAGUGACUGGGGAUUUCUGCAACACAGCCCAGGCAACAACAACGUACUGUGCGAUUUGCUUUUACAUUUUUUGGUGUUAAGAACUGUUAGUAAAACCAGCAAAAGACCAUUAAAUUCCUGCUCUAAUAUAGUACAGUAUAGAUAAUGGACUAAAGCGUGUGCAAUGGGGUGACUUAAUUACACAUGUUUUGAGAAGGAAGGUUAUCCAUUAUGUAUUGUGGACCCUGCUGACUUCAGGCUGUUAAAAAAAAACUUUUUCAUUCUCUAUUUCAAACAAAAUGCAUGCUGUAUUAUGCAUAUAAAUAAGAUAAGAAACACUAAUUUCCAGCUUAAUUGUUUCUCAUGGGGACAUUAUCUGCAAACUCCACUUAUUCAGUGGUAAGGAAGAUGUAUUACUAUUUCUAAAUUAGCUAAACAAGAGAUAUUAGAAAAACUAAACUAAAGUAUUUUAUGCAAAAGACAUUUAAUGUUAAUAGCAAGACACUCAAUUUAGAUUGCAAGAGAUUCUUGAUGCAAAAUGUGUCACUUCUUCAUAUGGAAACUUAGCAUAGAAAUAGUCCAAAAAUAAAUAUUGUUUAAGGUACAAGUACAAUUGUUUGCCAGGUGAACAACAAAAUAAAUGAUAAAGCAGAACUGUGAGAUUUUCAGCUUGAUUUUUCAGAUUUUUUUUAUAAAGAUUAGUAGUUACCCUCAUACCAGGACACUUGUGAAAUUGCCUUAAUCCUGUUCAAUGGACAGAACGGUUUCCUUUACAAUAACUGUACAUACUGUAUUAUCUGCUCUAUUGUUAAUGUACGUAUACUCUACUGUUACAGCGUCUAUUCUUCCUGUCAUAACACACUUAAAGGUAGGGUAGGUAAGAAUGGAGAAACCAGCUCGAGUGCGCUAGAAUUUGAAAGUACACAACCGAAAA